GAUAUAAGGGCGAGACCCUCGGAGGUGCCGGAGAGACUGUCCCAAUAUGAGGUGGCUCUGCGUCCUGGUGCUGCUCAUUCCCUGCGCCACGUGCGUUAUUGUGAAGGACGGGGAUUUCACCUUCAAUCUGGAAGAUGUUAAAAAGCUGAAGGAGGUUCUGGACCAGGAGUUGGACCCUGAGAGCCGAGUACAGAAGGAAAUAUCGAAAUCCUCUGUAGAGAAAGUUUGUACCAACCCGAAUCUUCCUGACGUGUUUGAGAGAGUCUGUGUCAGCUCUGAGGCCCGAGACGUCUUCUAUAGAUUAGAACAAAUUGCGGCCGAGCCUGAUGUUUGUGAUGUUUGUGCCUUCGCCGCCUGCUCAGGAUGUUGAAGUCGCCCUGAAUAUUUAUUUGUGAUUAAAUCAGUCGCCUCUUUUAUUCGCUCAGCCUGGAAUAUUGUGCUAAUGAAUUGCUGAGUUCAUUCACUAAUUGUACAGACAGGGGGCAGCACAGGUAAUGGGCCCCAACUCAAUACAAUGUGUGGCCCCAUCAUGCUGCACAAUAAGCCCCUCCCACCAGCCGCUCCCUGUGUUCCAGGAGGUCAAGGGGUCUGACCUCCCCGUAGUCACGUGACUCAUCCACAGAACUGGGGUCUCUGGUCUCAAUACAGGAAAGUGUCCCAUUGGGAAUAAUAGUGAAACAAAACUGUGCUGUAAAGGGAAAGUUGAUUAAUAUUGAUCAGUGAUUGAUCCCUUCACUGUCAGCUGAAUAAAUAACAUUUUCUGUUAUGUAAAACAAUCACUUUAACAUGAAAUUUGUUCUUCUAAAAAUAAAUCUGUUAAGUGUUUA